AUGUCGCAAUUUUACGGAUACACGGUGGAUUUGGUUUUCAAGGAACCUGCAGGAAAAACUGUCAGGGGAAUCAUUGAGAGGAUCGUUGAGAAUGAGAUAGUGUUGAAAAAUCCGGCUCUCGUUCUCCCUGAUGGCUCGUAUGAGAAAGUCAAUAAGAAAGAACUGGAGAUACAAACUCAAGAAAUUUUGGACUUGAAUGUGGUAGAAUUGGCGAAAAGCAACAGCAAGUACAUCAAAAAACAAAUGAAACUAUUGAAGGGAAAGGAGAAAAGUAAAGAUGUUGCUAGUAACGACAGCAAGGACAGUAAGGAUAGCAAGGACAGUAAAGAAGGAAGAGAUGUUGUUCCAACUGGUAAGAAAACAAAGAAAUACACCGAUAUCAGCAAUGCCAGUACCAACGGUAGUUUUAGUUCUGACUCGGAGCUGAUUGCAGCAUCCAGCUCGGGGUCGAGCUCGGGAGCGAGUGCAAAGAAAGAGUUAGAUGUCAAAUACGUGGAUAUUUACAACGAGAAACCGACUAUCACGAAACCGAAGAAGGUAAGUCAAUUGGAAGAAUUUGACUUUGCAUCCAACUUGCAGAAAUUCGACAAGGAGUCUGUAUUUAAGAACAUAUCAAAACAUGACAAGGUCGAUCAAUCUUCAAGAUUGGUGAGUUUCAAUAAGGUAGAACAUAUGGACAAGUACGGAAAUGAUGAGAUGAUUUUGACUCAGAAGCAAAACAAUGAUUGGGAUAACAACAAAGCUUUCGACUAUUCCAACAUUGUCAAACCUUUGGCGAAUGAUCACGUUACAAAGUACAAUGAAACUAGUCCUUCCGAUGCUGGUGAAAACACCAGUUUAUCUUCUUCAUACCUAAACUCGUUGCAAGGUAGACAUGCUUCAAACACUUCCUUUGAACGAAAGGCUUCUAUGACUCCUACAUUUGCCCAAUUUUUUAGCUCUGUCUAUGAUGAUUCCCCUAUCCCAACUUGCUCUACGUUACAACUAUCGAGUGUCUUAAGCGCAUGCAAGGAGAAGUUUGGCCUCACCAAUCAGAUAUUGAACGAAAAUGCAGGAACGAGUAUCAGUGAAUUGAUAAUCACUAAUAUCAUUGGUAGUUUCCGUAUUGGAUUCAAGAAUCACAACGAGCCGCCGACCGUAUUGUUGUUGGUCGGAAAUAACAGAUCGGGAUCGAUAGCAAUAAAUACUGGUAGACACUUGUUCAAUCGUGGUUUGAAAACUAUUGUGUUUUUGCUAUAUGAUAAAGAGCAUUCUGAAGAAGAUCUUCUAGCUGAAGUCGACGACGAACUGAAGAGAUACAGUGACAUUGGAGGAAAAAUUGUCAAUUCAGUACCUCAACUGGAAAAGAUACUAAAAACCGUGGAAUCACCGCUUGAGUUUGCUCUCGAUGGGCUGCAAGGUUUUGACAGCGAUAUCAACGACCUUCUAGAGACAGAACUGGACCAGGUAAUACAGCUAAUAGAAUGGUGCAAUGAAUCUGGACUUCCAAUGAUGUCACUUGAUAUUCCAACAGGUUUAAGCGCAUCCUCUGGCACAAACGAAAACGACAAUACACUUUUAAUAAAGAGCAAAUACCUUGUCUCUGUUGGUCUCCCUCUAUCGUCUGCUUUGAACAUGUACAAAUUCGGCUACUUCGAGAAAGGAAACAUAACGCACUAUCUCGCAGACUGUGGCAUCCCUCGCCGUGUAUUCAACAGCAAGGCAUCUCUACGUAAGUUCGACAGAAGAUGGUUUGCAGAUUCCGGCACCAUAGACCUUAAGGUUGUAUGA